AAGCGCUCCAAACAAGUCAUGGACGCUGGUUUGUCUGACCAACUUGUGACAGCUGCCUGCAAGGAUGCAGACCCCGCCACCAAGGACUACAUGAUGCAGCAGACCAUGCUGAGGGUCAAGGAUCCCGCUCGCUCCCUGGACUUCUACACCCGCGUCCUGGGCCUGACACUGCUGCAGAAGAUCGACUUCCCCUCCGUGCGCUUCAGCUUGUACUUCCUGGGCUACGAGGACAAAGCCGAGAUUCCAGAUGAUAUCAGGGAGAGGACGGCAUGGACGUUUUCCCGCCGAGGGACCUUGGAGUUGACGCAUAACUGGGGUUCUGAAAAGGAUGCAAGCUCGUCUUAUCACAACGGCAACAGCGACCCCAUCGGCUACGGUCACAUUGGCAUCGCGGUGCCUGACGUUCACGUCGCUUGCCAAUACUUUGAAUCCCAAGGAGUGACCUUCAUCAAAAAACCGGACUCAGGGAAGAGGAAGGGGCUGGCCUUCAUUCGGGAUCCUGAUGGCUACUGGAUCGAGAUCUUAAAUCCCCACAAGAUGGCGCCCUUGAUGUCACCUUAGCCAGAAGACACGGUUGUUGACAUGUACGAUAAUUUGUAGACGAUAACAUAAAGGAAUCGUAAUACUUAUUCUUAUUAUAUUUGAACUAUAUUAACUAUAUGGUUAAUAUAUAAUAUAUUAACUAUAUUUGAACUUGAAUAAACAAAUGUGUUAAGCACAAACGUCAUUUGGAUUUUCUACAAACAGUUAGCGUAGUUGGGGGCGGAGCUUAUGUAACGAAUGCCUCGCGUGCUCGGCUCUCCUUUAGUGGAAAGUAGUGAUGGGUGACACCAAUCAUUUCCUUUACGUUACGAUAAAAUACUCAAAUUUCAAAUUCACCAAGUGUUCUUUUCUGACCCCCCCCAAAAAACCCGGAAGGUUCUGGUAGAACUUACAGUGUCUGCUCCUCAACCAGCCAAGCCACGAUAGCAUAUGCUAACAUAACAUGGAUGCAUUCUGUCCUGUGAUUGGCUGCUGACCGGUCCAGCGUGUACCCCCACCCCCCUCUGGUGACCCUAAUGAGGACAAACAUGGGGUGCUAUAGGGUUAAAUAUGGUGGGGUCCGUCGGUGGCCUUGCGCUGGUCUUAACUCCUCGGCUCUGGUGCUUGGCCUCCCCAUGACUUGGAGCUAUGGCUCUCCCUCACGGGGGUGAGCUGCCCGGCGGGUGUCGGCCGGCGCGGUGGAGCGCCUCACCACUCGCCUGCUCGCCCCCUCCGCUUGCUCAUGUGCGGGCCUCCUCCCCUCGCCCGCUCCUUUGUCUGCCACACUGCCGUAGCCCCGAUGCCAUGGUCGAGGGGAGUCUGGGGGUGCUAUGCCUUGGCGGUCCGUACCUCCCUGGGCUCGGGGCCUGGUUGUGGGUCUGGGACCCCUGGGUCCCCCGCCCUGUGAUGCCCCGGACGCCCCACCCGGGGACGUCCACAGAGUGUGCUUGCGUGUGUGCGUAU